GCGGAUCCUGACAAUCAUGUUCUAGAAUUCAGGGAGUUUAUAGGAACUGAAGGAAUUACAGAUUAAGGGAAUAGGAACCCUGAAUAGUCUAUUGGGGGUCACUAGGAAUUGUCCCUUACAUUGGGGGUCAGUGGAAAGAAUGUUCCUUACAUCGGUGGUCAGUGGGAAGAAUGUCCCUUACAUUGGUGGUCAGUGGGAAGAAUGUCCCUUACAUUGGUGGUCAGUGGGAAGAAUGUCCCUUACAUUGGUGAUCAGUGGGAAGAAUGUCCCCCUUACAUUGGGGGUCAGUGGGAAGAAUGUCCCUUACAUUGGGGGUCAGUGGGAAGAAUGCCCCUUACAUUGGGGAUCAGUGGGAAGAAUGUCCCUUACAUUGGUGUCAGUGGGAAGAAUGUUCCUUACAUUGGGAGUCAGUGGGAAGAAUGUCCCUUACAUGGUGGUGGUCAGUGGGAAGAAUGUCCCUUACAUUGGAGGUCAGUGGGAAGAAUGUCCCUUACAUUGGGGGUCAGUGGGAAGAAUGUCCCUUACAUUGGGGGUCAGUGGGAAGAAUGUCCCUUACAUUGGUGGUCAGUGGGAAGAAUGUCCCUUA